AUGCGUCGUCUCAGUCUGCAGUCCGUAGGCUGGCGGCGCCCUCCACGCCUCCCAGUCUCCCGACCGCGCGUAGCACUACGAUGGGCGAGUACGCUGGAGAGAAAGUCAAGAGCUGAGGGAAUCAAGGUCGAAUCGCUCACUGCCAAAUGGCAACCACAUUGGGACCAGCUAUCUGCCCAAUGGCACGACCUACGAAAGUCCGAUAGGGGAGAUGCAUAUGUGCUGCCCAUGUUCCCAUACCCCUCCGGCACCCUCCAUCUAGGCCACCUGCGGGUAUACACGAUAUCCGAUGUUCUCUCCAGAUACAAGCACAUGCAGGGCUACAAGGUCCUACAUCCCAUAGGCUGGGAUGCGUUCGGUCUACCGGCUGAGAACGCAGCCAUCGAGCGAGGGGUACACCCGGAGAAGUGGACGCUACAGAAUAUCGAGACUAUGAAGAGUCAGAUGAAGGAAAUGGGUGGUCGCUGGGACUGGGACGCUGUAUGGAAACCGCUCAGGAUGUUUAGGCAUGGGCUGAUCUCUCGCAUCUUCCUCAUGCUCCAUGAGCGCGGCCUAGCCUACCAAGCCAAAUCCCUCGUGAACUACGAUCCCGUCGAUAAAACCGUCCUCGCAAACGAACAAGUAGAUGCCAAUGGCUGCUCGUGGCGGUCCGGUGCAAAGGUCGAGAAGGUGAUGCUGAAGCAAUGGUUUCUAAAGAUCAAGGAGUUCCAGGAACCCUUGCUAAAGGACCUGGACGCUCUUGCACGAGACGGCAGGUGGCCUGAGAAGGUUCUUGCCAUGCAGAGGAACUGGAUCGGCAAGUCUGAAGGCGCGCAACUUUGGUUCGACAUUGUCUCGACCGAUAGUGAAAUGCGCUUUGAGCCUGUCGAUGUCUUUACUACCAGGGCUGACACGCUUUUUGGAUUAGCCAUCGAGGAUGCAGAGCUCCGCGCCUUCAUGGAGCGAGCAAAGGACCUUCCCUCGGACACCAAGGAGGGGUUCAAGCUGGGGAAGAUUGUAGCGCGCAAUCCCCUCGCCCAUGUUCAAGGCUCCACAGGACCCUCUGUACCUGUAUAUGUGGCUCCAUACGUUUUGGACGACUAUGGAUCUGGCGCUGUAAUGGGUGUACCAGGUCACGACGCCCGAGACCAUGCGUUCUGGCGAAAGAACGUUGGUGAUGAGCCAGUCAGAGUCGUCGUAUCUGCUAAGAAAGGCUCACUACCUUUGCCGCUUGUACCGCGCAGUGGUGACGACGUACCUAUGACCGAAAAAGGCUUCGUUGCUGCAGACAUAGAUUGUUUCGGGGGCAUGGCCUCGAAGCAAGCCGCGAAUGCGGUCGUACAAGCGAUUCUCGAAACUGGAAAGCCGGCUGAGAAGAAAGCAAACUGGCGACUCCGUGAUUGGUUGAUAAGUCGGCAGCGCUACUGGGGUGCGCCUAUUCCAAUUAUUCACUGCAAAUCUUGUGGUGCUGUUCCUGUGCCUGAGAAAGACCUUCCGGUCGAGCUACCGAACCUACCUGACAGCUUCUUCGAGGGCCGCAAAGGUAACCCGUUAGCGGAAGAUGAAAACUGGAAAAAGGCCUCUUGUCCGAAGUGCGGCUCGGCUGCUGAGCGCGAGACUGAUACUAUGGAUACCUUCAUGGACUCGUCAUGGUAUUUCUUCAGGUUCCUAGAUCCGAAGAACGAGUACGCCUUGGUCGACCCGACAAAGACCAAUACCGGCAUGCCAGUGGACCUAUAUGUCGGCGGCGUAGAACACGCAAUUCUUCAUCUUUUAUACGCGCGCUUCAUCUCCAAGUUUCUGGCAACUACUCCAACAUGGCCAAAGGGCUACCUGGCGAAUGGCGAGCCUUUCACGCGUCUCAUCACGCAAGGUAUGGUUCAUGGAGAGACGUUUACAGACCCCGAAAAUGGUCGCUUCCUACGCCCCGAUGAAGUCGACUUGACCAGUCCUUCCAAGCCUAUCAUUAAGGCCAGUGGAGUCACUCCGAACGUUAGUUUCGAGAAGAUGUCGAAGAGCAAGUACAAUGGAGUGGAUCCAGGUGCCACGAUUGCCAAGUAUGGCGCAGACGCCACGCGCGCGCACAUGCUGUUCCAAGCACCUGUCAGUGAUGUGCUUGAGUGGGACGAGAAAAAGAUCACUGGCGUACAACGAUGGUCACAUCGAGUCAUCAAGCUGUCAACCGCACCAUGGAUACCGGAUGAUGUGAUAGACAAGUUCGUUAUACCCACACAGGUUGACAGGAAGCUCCUCAGUAUCCUACAAGAUGCUUCGACCAGCGGCGAAUCUGAGAGCGCCACACGCGAAACCUUGGUGUCCACCCUUAAAUCAGAUGAGGCUCAGCUUUGGAUCAAGACACAAGAAAUCAUCGCCAGUGUCACAGAAUCGUACUCGCAAACAUACUCCCUUAACACCAUCGUCAGCGAUCUAAUGACACUGACAAACACUAUUUGGGACGCGCCGCAUGCGUCUCCGGUCACACCAAUCCUCAAAUGGUACUCCAUGGCCCACCUCGUUCGCAUGCUCGCCCCAAUUGCUCCUGGUGUCGCUGAGGAAGCCUGGCACCAACUGAACACUUGCACCACGGCACAGACAAAUGACAGCGGCGUCUCAACAGUCUUUGCGACAGGCUUCCCGACCGCAGACCUCGCCAUCAUACCGCUCCUCACCACAACGCGCAAAUGUGUUGUCCAAAUCGACGGCAAACGCAAGUUCGACGUGGAUAUACAAAAACUCCCCGAUUCGGUCAACCCCAAAGAUAUUCAAGCUGUAACCAAGUUUGUGCUGGGAAAGAUCUGGAAAUUGAGUGCGACGGAGGAAGAGAGUGAGGAAUUUGGUGUCGUUCCGGCGGGAUGGAAGGUCAUUGCUGUUAAUGGUGGUGCACUCUGUAAUUUUGUUGGGCCGAAGAAGCCUAAGUUGGAGAAGGGUCGAUGA